UUCAUAGUUAGUCCCCCUUCGUCUCCAGGGAAUCCUGGGAUCGAAAACCCUAGAAAAUCUUCGAGCUUUCACGUAGGGGUUCUGAUCUAAUUCCGGUCAUCUCCGGCGUCAAUUUCCUGAUUCUAUUUUCAUGCGUUUCGCUUGAUUGAUGCUUAUUCCAGUGCAGCAACUAUUUGUCGAUUUCGGUUUGGAUUCAUGAGCUCGUUUCUGCUCGGCUCCGAUUUCUCGAAGAUGGCUGCUCCAGGAACAGGAUUCAAGUCUAUGAAAGAUUACUUGAAAAAGUAUGAAAGUAGUGAUGUUGCUAUAGAGAAGAAAAAGAAGAAGAAGAAGAAGCCAUCCAAACCUGAAGCAAAAGGUGUUUUAGUUGUGGAUGAAGAUCCAGUUUGGCAAAAGCAGGUUGAUCCUGAAGAGGAAAAAAACGAAGAUGAUUCAGCAGAGGAAAGGCCUAUGGUUGAUGAGGACAUUGAAGUUAAGAGAAUGAGGAGGUUGGAGGAAAUUAAGGCAAGGCGUGCUCAAAAUGCCAUUGCUGAGGAUGGGAGUGGGUGGGUGACCUUACCUCCAAACCGUGAGGACCCAAAUUCUGAUAUUUCUCCUCCACGUAGACAUAGGACACGUAAUGACUCGCCAUCUCCUGAGCCUGGGCAUAGACGCUCGGUUUCUGAUAGAGUUGAAACAGAUAUGUCUCCACCUCGUCGGAGAAAACGUCACUAUACACCUUCACCUGAACCUAACAGAAAACAUGCCAAGCCUGUUACUUCGGAUUCUGAUUUGACACCACCACGUAAAAGAAAAGCCAGGAAUGAUUCGCCUUCACCAGAACCUGAAGAUAAAGUCCCCAAAAAUCUGAGUGAAGAUCUAUCUCCUCCUCGGAGGAGACAUGUUCAUCCUCCAUCGCCUGAGUCAAGUAGAAAGCGUUCAGAUUCCAUUGAGUUGGAUGGUGAUUUAUCUCCGCCUCGCAGGAAAAGGGAUAUACGUGGUUCACCUGUCUUAGAUGUAAAGAGGGAGAGCAAUGAUCUUUCUCCUCCACGAAGAAGACGAUAUCAUUCUCCAUCACCUGAACCGGGUAGGAAGCCGUCAAAAUCUUUUGGCUCGAAUUCUGAUUUGUCUCCACCCCGCAGAAGUGUGAAGGGAUCUCGUGACUCAGACCUGUCGCCUCAAAGGAAAACCGUGGAUUCUCGACGUUCUUCUGAUAAUGUGUCCAGGAGUUCCAAUUUUGAUAGCUCUCCCCCAAGGAGACCACGCAGAGAAUCACCACCUCAUCAGACGAGCAAGGAGCAACGGAAGACCGGAUUAAUUAGUGGCAAGGACAUUGGAAGUGAAUAUCGAAAGAAGAAGGCGGAUGAACAAUUGAGGUUUAAAAAUAUGGAUUCCGAGCUAACUGGUCAGAAUGCAGAAGCAGUGUUCCGUGACAAGAUCACAGGGAAGCGUAUAACAAAGGAGGAAUAUCUUCAAUCGAAGCAAAAGAAAGUGGUGGAAAAGCCAAAGGAGAUAAAACUGGAAUGGGGCAAAGGUUUAGCUCAGAAGCGUGAAGCUGAAGCUAGAAUACAGGAACUUGAGCUUGAGAAGGAGAAGCCAUUUGCUCGGACCAGGGAUGAUCCAGAGCUUGAUCAAAUGAUGAAGGAAAGAGUUAGGUGGGGAGAUCCAAUGGCUCAUUUGGUCAAGAAAAAGCAGCACGAGACAUCUCUUGUGGAUCUAGGUGACGAUGAGAAGAUGAAAGAAUCUGGAUUUGUCAUACCUCAAACUAUCCCCAAGCACAGUUGGAUAACAAGGGGACUGGAACCUGCGUUUAACCGAUAUGGGAUUAAACCCGGUCGACACUGGGAUGGAGUUGACCGUAGUAACGGACACGAGAGGGACAUGUUAAAAAGGACUAACGAGAAGAAAGCAACGGAAAGAGAAGCGUACUUGUGGUCUGUUUCAGAUAUGUAGAUCCUCCCCUACUAAAUCAGAAUUUGUUGGACACAAUGUAGUUUGGUUUAAGAGAUAACCAUUCUAAACCGAACAAUUCUGGGUUUAUACGUUUAGAGGAAAGAAUUCUAGCUCUGAUUUGAAAUGCUAGAUAGCCGUCCAGUUUGGAAUCGGUUUAGCAGGCCGAACUUAAUGUUGA